AGCCUUACUAUUAAUAAGGCCAAAAACGCAUUCAAAAGAAUUCGUGAAGCUGAUCAAGUUGGUAGAAGUCAGCUUAAAGAAUCAGCUACUGGUAAGGAACAACCUCGCUGCCGGGCACCACCUUACUGCAGCGAGUGUAAUACAAUUGGAUAUAUAAGAACAAGGUGUCCUACACGUUAA